CUUUUCAUUAUUGCUUGUAUUGUUACCGCUAUACUUCCAUUUUAUUCACAAGCGAAUGCUCUGGUUUGUUCAUCCAGCAGCUACACCGUUAAUUUGAUGAGUUUAAAGUGUCAGGUGGCAAAGACAGAUGUGGUGAGUGUUGAAAACAACUUAACUAACGAAGGAAAGUUCUCAGGCUCGAAAGCUCAGGGUUUGGUGUGUGCAUAUUACAAAUGCAGAAUGCGGUGGUGUCCCAGCUCAUCAUUCCACCUGCUGCGGUGUGUGCGGUUACGGACAUGUACCAAGAGAAGAAGAAACACACUGCCACUGUGGAGUAGGGAAAUAUGGGCUUACAUCAGAUUGCUAGUGCAGUCAUUUUACUUUAACUCCUUCACAAACUCAGAUGUGGUUUUCGACUCAGUCUUUGAGCCAGUGUUUUGGGCCGUGGAUUAUGUCACACGCUGGUUUGGCACGGUAUUUGUUUUUCUCGUGGUGGUACUGACCAGCUCCAUCUUGGCAAUAGCCUACCUGAUCCUACUGCCUAUGGUCUUCCGCACAUACUCCACAGCAUGGAUUACUUGGCACGUUUGCUAUGGACACUGGAACCUUGUCAUGAUUGUUUUUAAUUACUACAAAGCCACCAUGACUGCCCCUGGAUACCCACCUACAGUAAAAAAUGACCAUCCGUUUGUGGCAGUCUGCAAAAAAUGCAUCAUUCCCAAACCAGCAAGAACACAUCACUGUGGUAUCUGUAACCGAUGUAUUCUGCGAAUGGACCAUCAUUGUCCCUGGUUGAAUAACUGUGUGGGUUAUUUAAACCACCGUUACUUCUUCAACUUCUGCCUCUUCAUGACCUUGGGAUGUGUUUAUUGUAGCAUCAGUGGCAGAAACUUGUUCCUGGAUGCAUACAAUGCUAUUGAGCGCUUUAAACAUAUGGAUGUGGAAAAGCCGGGGGUACCAGUGACAGGGAUGGGAGUUCUCAUAGGGCUUCUCCCACCUGGCCAGACCAACUAUCAAACAGCUGCACCUCCUUACACCUUUAAGGAUAAGAUGAUUAAUAAGAGCAUCAUCUAUAUGUGGGUGCUUACCAGCACUGUGGCUGUGGCCCUGGGAGCUCUGACCUGUUGGCAUGCAGUCCUCAUAUCCAGAGGAGAGACCAGCAUCGAAAGACACCUUAACAGCAGAGAAAAAGAACGAAUGGAAAGUCGAGGACGGAUUUACAAAAACCCUUUUGACUAUGGAAGGCUAAAUAACUGGAAAGUCUUCUUUGGUGUGCAGAAGAGAAGUCACUGGCUCACACGGGUUCUCCUUCCCUCUGGACACACCCCACCUGGGGACGGUUUGACAUGGGAGGCAUUCCCAGUUAAGAAGGACUUAAUACCUGUAUGAGAGACUCUAAUGGGGUAUCCUUGGAGCCUAUUUUCAGCAGUCUUUGCUAUGUACACUGUGGUUAUCUGACUGGUUGGCUUAAAGGGUCCUUGCAUGGUGGCUUCACACAGCUGAAGAAAUGGGAUAAUAUCAACCUCCAAUACCUCAUAAACUUACAGUGGCAUUGCUCAUGAUUUGACAGUCUACAUUUUUCUACAAGUAAAGGGGCAAGGUAUCAUGGAUGGUUUAGUCUCCAACAGGUUUCACAAACAGGUCUUUCUUGACUCUAAGCACUGUAAAUACUGCAGAACCAAGAAAAUGUAUUAUUUAUCUGUAUUUUGUAUCGUAAGUUAAUCAAUCUUUAUAAAUUGCUUUACUUAAACAA